CGGUUCCGGGGCGGCCGUGGCGGUGGCGGGGCGCCGGUGCGAUGGGUCGGAGGUGAUCUCGCUAGAAGUGAUUGGGCAGCGGCUGCCGGCGAGACAGACCCUCCCGGGGUCCGAAGCGGGGAGGCGGGGUCGCGCGGCCCCUUCGGGAGUGGCUGCGCGCGGCGGGGCUGGCCGUUCGCCCCGAACCCCAACCCCGGACGGUGGAUCCGAAUGAAUGGGCGAACGGCGGACGACUGACUUGCGCUGGUCUUCUCCCAAGUGAGGCGUCGGCAGCGAGCAGCGGCGAAGGGACGGGGACAGAAUGAACCGGGCCAAGCCCACCACCGUCCGCAGGCCCAGCGCUGCGGCCAAGCCUUCGGGGCACCCGCCUCCAGGAGACUUCAUUGCUCUGGGCUCGAAGGGUCAGGCCACUGAAUCGAAAACGGCAUCCACCCUGCUGAAGCCUGCCCCUUCCAGCCUGCCCUCGGAGCGCAAGCGGGAUGCUGCAGCGGCUCUGGCAGGUGCCUCGGCCCUAACCGGGCUCACCAAGCGCCCGAAGCUCUCCUCCACACCCCCUCUGAGUGCCCUGGGACGCCUGGCUGAGGCCGCAGUGGCAGAGAAACGUGCAAUCUCUCCCUCGAUUAAGGAGCCGUCUGUGGUCCCGAUUGAAGAUUCUGUGACAGCGAUGGCAAGUGCUUAUGUCACUCAGGGCAAGAUGGCACAG